GACGGUGAGGACAUUAACAUGUUGAGCCGAAAGCUCCACAAAGGCUUAAUGCAUUCACGAUUCUUGAUGUUUGUCUGGCGAAAGAAAUUGUUGCUGUUUGCAACUGGAAUAUUAAUGGUGAUGGCAAUUCUCGUAUGGGGAUUUGUCUACUCAUCUCAUGUGAAUCAUGACGACACCAACAAGGGACUUUCGAUAAAGGAACUCAUUUUGGAUAACAAGCACAGCAGUUUACUAUUUAAGCUGGGAGUUGGAGGUCGUGAAAGCAGCUACAACAACGAGCCAAUUAGAUUCUUUAAGCCAACAUUAAGUAAUCUUUAUUCAAUCGGAAAGAAAGAGAAAUAUUUUAAAGAUUGGAAUAAAAUUCUUCUCGAUAAAGAUGAGAAAGAGCGCUUAGAUAGCUUCGGGGUGAUUUCGCAUGAUGAUUUAGCGAGACGUAAGAUUGCAGAUGAAAUGAAGAUAGCAGUUGACAAGCAGACGAAGUACGAAAGUCAGUUAAAGAAAAUGGGAAUUCCUGUGAUUGUUGGAUUGGGACCGACAAAUCGUCAUCCACCACCGGAAAAUCGUCUCGUUCAUUUCGAUCUUAAAGGUGCACCACUCAAGACAAGUUAUUUCCUUAAGAUUCUACCAAUGCUGAAAGCGUUAGGAGCAACAGGAAUCAUUCUAGAAUACGAAGAUAUGUUUCCUUAUAAUGGAAUAUUAUCGUCAAUCGCUGCGAAAAACGCUUACAGCAAGAAAAACCUGUUGGAGAUUCUUCAAGCUGCAAAUGCUUUGGAUCUCAAUGUAAUUCCGCUUGUUCAGACAUUUGGUCAUUUGGAGUUUGUAUUGAAAUUGAAGGAAUUCAGUCAACUUCGCGAAGUGUCUGAAUCACCGCAAUCUUUAUGUCCAAGUCUCAAUUCAUCGUUUACAUUCAUCAAUGAACUUCUUACUCAAGUUGUUGAGUUUCACACUUUAACUCAAUUGCAGCAGAAUAUGAUUCUGAAACGUAAAGACGAUACUUACAAAUCAAUUCCAAAACUUACACACAUUCACAUUGGAUGUGAUGAAGUUUAUCAACUUGGUGAAUGUCCACGUUGUCGUGAUAAGGUUCAUGACCAACUUUUUCUUGAUCACGUUUACAAUGUUGCUUCAAUCAUUAAACGAAAAUGGCCAGAACUUAAUGUGAUUAUUUGGGAUGAUCAGAUUCGUCAAAUAUCUCUUGAGACUUUAAAGAAUUCCGCAAUUGGGAAGAUUGUUGAGCCAAUGAUUUGGGUUUAUGCAGAAGACAUUUACAAGUUUAUUCAAUCACAAACAUGGGACAAAUACGCUCAAGUUUUUCCAACUGCAUGGGUGGCGGGAGCUUUCAAAGGUGCUUUUGGUGAAACUUUGAUGAUUCCAAGUGGAAGACGACAUCUGGAGAAUACUUUACGUUGGUUAGCAAUCAUUCAAGGUGAAGGUGCAAGAUUCCAUCAGGGAAUGAAAGGAAUCGCUUUGACAGGUUGGAGUCGUUACGAUCAUUUCUCGGUGUUAUGUGAACUUUCCCCAGCAGCCAUUCCAAGUUUAGCUGUUUGUCUUCACACAGCUUCUACAGGAUAUUUUGAAGUUGACUCAAAAACCAAUCCAAUCAUACCAGCACUGACAUGUCCUGAUGCGCCUAGUGAUAGAUAUUUGUGGUUGGAUAUGCAGAAAGAUCCAAAUCUUGGUGCUUUCUCGAGAUGUAUCUUUCCUGGAAGUUCAAUCUUCCGAUACAUAAAUCGAUUAUCGUCACUCGUUACAGAAGCACGUGAAUACAUCGACUCAAUUAAAUUCUCACGUGGUUGGUUGAGUGAUUACAACAUUCGACAUAACUUCUCAUCUCCAACAAGAAUUUUGGAACUUCUCGAAGAUCAACCAAGACUACAAGCAUCACUAACUAAUCUGGCUAGAAGUUUAGCUGAAAAUAUGGAAGAAAUUUAUGACCAUUGGACGAUUGGUGAAUACAUCGAGCAGAGAAUUUAUCCAUUGAUCAAUGAGCUUAAGAAUCUGGAAAAGGUCGGCGAUAGUUUAAGAAUGAGAAAAGUUUUUCCUAUUCGUCCACUUCCUUAUCUUGAGAAAUAUCUCAAAGAACUUGGAAUUACGCAAAAAACGCCUGAGAACUGAAGAUUUUUUUAAAGGACUGCGAUACCAAAUACACUUAGUUAUAAUUUACUUAAAUUUUGAUCCGAUUAAAAAUCGAAAUUCAUCGUUCUUAGAACAACAAAUGAAUUUGGAAAUAUUCUUAACAAUUUAUUAGUUGGAAUUCUAAAAUGUGUGUUGACAUCUUAAAGAAUUUUAGUGCAAAAGAAGAAAUGAAAGUAAAUUUAAUGUUUAGAGAUGAUACGAAUUCAUGAAAAAGUAUUUACUUAAUUGUAGCUGUUUUUGAUCCUAGUUUCAUGUUUUUUGUACAAAUAAAAUUACAA